ACACGUUCGUCCUUCGCUCAAAUGUGUCCUCCAUUUGACACCUGCUGUGUUAUGUGUGUUGCUGGUUACAGAAAAUCUAAAGUUAUGUAGGUUUGAGAACUUCAUUUAAGUGCCUCGACGGAGAAAUUCGCCCAGAGACAAUAAACAAGUAAGAACAAGCAUUGCAUACUGAUGUAGGAUGGCCUCCCCUUCACCCCACGAUCGCAGUCGCAAAGACGAUGAGGAUGACCCUGUUGAACAGAUGAUAUCCCGCACUGGCUGUGCAGAGCUCCACUAUGCUGUGCAGGAGUGCAUGGCUGAACACCAGGACUGGCGAGUGUGUCAGAACCAGGUGCAGACUUUCAAAGACUGCAUGAUGAGUUUCCAAAAAGCUCGUAAAGAACAGCUGAUAAAGCAGCGAUCAGCCUCCACCGAGUCUUCGCCCAGCUGAGCUCAGAAAACCGCCAACACACAGCUGGAUCUGUUCGGGACCUGACCUACUCAUUUAAAGUGGAAAGAUUGUACCUAAUAUAAUUAUUUGUAAUGAAAAUAAAGGACGAAUAGCAACAUAAAAUCCUGAUUUGGACUUUAAAGUGUGUGCUAUAGAGCUGAUACUUGUGAUUUAUCGGCUAAUAUAAACUUAUUAAAGACUUUUCCUACCAGUA